AUGCUAGCAGCAGGAACGCAGGUGCGGUGCAACUGGCUUGACCCGUCGAUGGAGGGCGGGCCCGAGCCGACAGAAUCGGCUGCCAAAAAGGCCAAAAUCGAUUCGGAGAAUGAGCAGGCGGCCUUCGCGCAGCUUCUAGCUGCCGCGAAAACCUGCGAGCGAUUUCAAGUCAAAGGCCCCCCCUGGGUUGGCUGGGUUGGGGGAUCUCCCGAAGUGCCGGAGCGCCAUGGAGCGAUCCUAAGGGCAGUCUCAGAGUCUCUGAUGAAUCGAUUGGUGGUGCUGCGUGUUGACAACUUCCCUGGCUCCGGAGAUCCUGUGUUUGGCACCAGGCACGAGCUUCGAAGGAGCUUCCGGGCCCCGGAUUUCUUUGGGAAGCUCACAGCAGGCUUCAAGGGCACCUCUGGCUGCCUCAAGAAGGUGACUCUGCAAGGCGGCUUCCACUCAGCUUCGUCAGUUUGCAACUUCCUGCAUGUAGUCAAGCCGCAGCUCGAAUCCUUCCGCUGCCGGGGAUGCCUCUUUCAUGGCCGGAACUUCGAGAUGCUAGUAAAGGCCUUGAGCAGCGCAAGCCAGCGAAGUCUCCUCGAGUUUGAGACAGAUGCAGCCAUCGGCGGCAAGGAUCCCGUUGGACUUUUGGCAGACUCUUUCCCAAACCUCAGGAUGCUUCGAGUCAAGUACAUGUUUGGAGAGGCGGACCACCUCCAAGCCUUGAGCCGACUGACGCAACUUCGCAGGAAACAGUGUGUUCUUCCAAAGGACGACUUCCGACUGUGUGGGCGCCCGGCCGUUGACCCUGAGAAAGGCAUCGUCUAUUGGUUUAUCACUUCCGAGCACCACGACGACGACUACAGAGGAGAGGGCCUGUGGUGGGACGAGCUUGAUAACACAAUGGAGUGCAGUGAGAUGUGGUACGUCGGAAAGGGCGUAACCAAGGAGAAGUGCCUGGACUUCAUGAAAGACUGCGGCAUCGAGCUGGACGACAACUUAACCGACGAGGAAUGCGGCCUGCAGGAUAAUGAGCUGCAGGGUGAUGUCGACUCGGAGGUUGACCAGGACACAAUCGCCGUGCAGCUAGAAAUCGACGACUCUGCGGGCUCCACCGGCAAUUUGGCGAUCAAGGCACUUACGAUGGAUGGUCGCGAGUUCGCACAAGUGACGUUGGAUGCAAACAAGACACUCGUGCGCACACUUGUCGAUGAGUUAGCCUCAAAGUAUCCCUGCUCGCCCCUCGCGAUGCGCCUGGUGCUGCCAAGUGGCACCUGCAUCGAUGCUCUCGAAACUGCCGGCAAGCUUUUAGCGGCGGCUCUGGUAUGA